UUUCUGGCCAUUUGGCAAAUUCAACAACCAUCAUGACAGCCAAUCUGAACCUCGGACACCUCCGCGAUGCCAGCUUUGACGAUUGCCGCAUUCGCGGUGCUUUCUCUAUUCCUCGUCACGUUUGCGUUGAUUAUUUCCCUCCACCUAAUACUCUCAUCCUCGCAACACUCCGCCGUUCCCAAACUUCGUCGCAGAGGCACCCCAACCCAUGUGCUCAUCGUGCUCGGCAGUGGUGGCCAUACAGCAGAAAUGCUAUCAAUGCUGCGCCGCAUGCCACUAGACCCAAACACCUACACUUUCCGUACAUACCUCGUGACCUCGGGCGACAGUUUCAGUGCCUCGAAGGCUGCGGAAUUUGAGGCGACUCUUCACGCGCAAUACAAAGACUCAAAACAUACACAGAAUCAGGACUAUGAGAUCAUCACCGUACCUCGUGCCCGUCGAGUUCAUCAGUCGUAUCUUACAGCGCCGUUUUCUACAAUACAAUGUUUUUGGGCUUGUCUUCAAGUCCUGCGUGGUAGACAUUCAGAUCAACGAAGCAGCAAGCGCGAUCUCGCAUCUCCAUAUCCUGAUUUGAUACUUACCAAUGGUCCUGCGACGGCGGUAUGCGUAGUGUUGGGAGCAAAACUUCUGAGAUUCUGGAUUGCGCUUUCUGCACUGCUAUUACUCAAGUCCAGUCAGACAUCCUCGCCUCCUACAUCUGCACUCCGCACUGUCUUCAUUGAGUCAUGGGCUCGAGUCACAACACUGAGUCUUUCCGGAAAGAUACUGCUGCCUUUUGUAGAUCGGUUCUUGGUGCAGUGGCCCAAUCUUGAGGGGAAACAAGCAUGGAAAGGCAUGCGAAAGGCUGAAUAUGUCGGUACAAUCAUCGAUUAGGCAUGAUAAUGAAUGAA